AUGAAACUUUCCGGACUUCUCAUCCCACUCGCCAAUCCCUGCAGCGCUUUUCCCAGCGGAAAUCCACUUUUCGCCGAAGUAGAAGCCGUAAAACAAAGAGUUACCGACAUCUCUAGUUAUCUUCUUUCAAACACAGAUUUCUCCAAAAACAUCGCCGUAUCGCCAGUAAAUAUUUUCAGUGCAAUCAAAGUUCUCCAGAAAUCAACUUCUGGUCCAGCACGAGAAGAGCUCGAGGAAGCAUUUGGAAACGAAGAUGCUCAGCGGUUUGAAAAUCAAAUCACCAAAUACGCUGGAGACUUGUAUGAGCUGGGAAUGGCAAAUAAAAUCUUCUACCGACCGAUCAAUGGUUCAGAACCUUCCACAGAAAUUGGGCAAAUAUCUGAAACAUUCGAUUUCAAAAAUCCUCUUCAAAAUCCAUCCAAGAUCAAUGAUUUCAUUGACGAACAAACAAAAGGAAAGAUUCCACAAGCUUUUCCAAAGCCAAUCGACCCUGAUACAUUCUUCCUGCUCAUUUCUACCCUUUACUUCAAAGCAAGCUGGACUUCUUCCUUCAGUCCAACCACCAUUUGUUGGAAAAUGAACGAGGGACCAUGCGAGGAGCGAGAUGGAUUCGUCGGGACCGACCACUUCAACAUGUUCUACGAUUGGGAUGCGAAGAAACCAUUCAGAGUGCUUGACCUUCCCCUUGCUUUGCUAAAAGAUGAUGACAGAUUCGCUCCUGACCAGAAAACCUUCUCGGCUCUUCAAAUCUGGAUGCCGGACAAAGUUCUUCAGACCGAAAGCGACCACAAAGAGUUUCUCGAGCUAAUGAACAGAGAAAGCCAAUCAGUUGUGAAGAAGAUGAGAUUGGGCCGCGCCAGAUUGUUCAUGCCAAAAUUUUCGAUUUCGACCGAGCUUGAAUUGAAAACCAUGCUUUACGAUAAGAACUGCACUUCGAUCAUGAACCCCGGUCAACAUUUGGAGCCAAUUUAUGGCGAUAACGACCCAACUACAUCUUUGAACGAAGCGAAGCACAUUGUCCAAUUCGACGUCGAUGAAAACGGAGUUGAAGGAGCUGCUGUUACCGCAUUCUCAAUGAUGUACCGAUCUUUCCCGAUGCCAGUCAAAAUUGACCGACCAUUCUACUUCCGCCUCAUUCUCAAAACCGAGGACGCCAAUUUGCCUGAAUAUGGCGCCCCAAUUUUCUCCGGAAGAGUCGUCAAUCCUUAG